AAACAAUCGAAAAAGACUCAGUGUGAAUAAAUGUUUAAAGUUCUUAUUGCAAAUAAUAUAUAUAUAUGUGUUUCCUUCAAAAUUAAACAAUCAAAUUAAUCAAUUGAACAAAGAUGAAUAGAUACUAGUAGCAGAUAUCUAGGAUAAUUAAGAAUAUGGGUGGACAAAACUCAAAAUCAUCAGUAAUAUCGUAUGAAGAAGCGGUGAAGAGAAUCAGUGAAUUUGAGAUACGAAGAAUAAAAGAAGCAUUUAGAAAAGCUGCGACUGGAUCUAAUGGAAAUUUUCUUAGUAAAAACGCAUUUAUUGACGAGGUUCUUUGUUAUCACACGCCAGAGAAAUUAGCUGAUUGGAUAUAUUAUGCAUGCGGUGGUACUAGUAAAGGGAUAAACUUUAAAGAUUUGAUAUCUGCUUUGGUGCUAUUAACGAAAGGAAAUCAAGAUGAAAAAAUUAGAUUUCUGUGGACGCUGUAUUCAAAUGAUUCAAACCAACUUAUAAUUAAAAACGACUUUUUUAAAAUACUACAAAAUGAAAUUACCUAUCAGAAUCGAGAAAGAAAUUCACAAAAUGAGAAUCAUCUUACAAUCAAUACUCUAUCUUUAUUCGGAAAUUCAUUAACAUCAGUAACAUUUGAUCAGUUUCGAUCAUGGAUUUUGAUGCACAAGGAUGCGACAAUUUUCUCGAAAUGGCUACUUCUUGACUCCUCAAUCAGCCUAACAUCCAACAAUGAAGCACCGACUUUUUAUCAAAGUUUAGCAGGAGUGACACAUCUUGAAGAAAAAGAUAUUUGUGAUUUGGAGAAAAGAUUUUGGCAACUAAAAUCAUUUUCUUUAAAUGGACAACUUGAUUUAGAGCUACUGUCACAGCUUUUGUCUCCACUAUUUCCAACGGCUGCAAUCAAUGGUCUAUUUGCAGCAUUCGACGAAAAUUGUGAUGGACACAUAGAUUUCAAGGAACUAUGUUGCGGAAUUUCUCAAUCAACUAGGUCGCCGGAUGUCGAGAGAAUCAAAUUUUGCUUCAAAGUGUUUGACUUUGAUCGGGACAACACUUUAAAUAAUAGUGAAUUAGAACAUAUGAUAAAUGUUAUAUUAGACAUUACUGCGAAAUGUACAAUGAAUGUUCUAAAGAAUGUCACUUUUGAAAAAGUAUUAUCGGAUGUAAAAGAGUUUGUGGGACGAAAUGAAAAGUGGUGCAAUACAAAUCAAAUUUCGGAAUCAUUAGCAAUAUCUCAAGAAGACUUUUUGAUGUGGUGCGUUCAAAGUGAAAUUAACAUUACUCAACCCUUAACGGAUCUAUUGUUUGAAAUUUGUCAUGUUAUUUUUGGCCUACGUCCUCAAUGCAAGCAUCUUGAAUUGUGCAUCGUUAAAGGCUGGUUGUCGCGAGAAAAACUACAUGGAUAUGAGAUUGGCCAAUUUUGGUAUUUAGUGUCAGCAGAUUGGUGGCAGAAAUGGCUUCUUUAUACUACAUCCAACACUCAAUCAACGACUGUAUCUCCAUGUUCAUACUGUAAAUCGAUAACAACAAGACCUGCUAUUGAGUAUGAAUACGAUGAGUCUUGGAAUACUUCAAAUCUAUCAGAAUCAUUAAAUAAUAGCACUGAUAUUGGAGAUUCAUUAUCUUUGAGUUCUGGAAGCAGUUCAACAUCUUUGACUAGAGGAUCUCCUGGAAUAAUCGAAAAUAUGCCGUUACUAGCUAUGAAUCCGUAUAAGCAUGUUCCGUCAUUAACAGGCGAAGGAGGAAAAUUAAAGAAAGAAAUUCCUUUGGUACAGCAUCGAGAUUUCGAGUUAUUACCAGAGAAGCUUUAUAAAGCAUUAAAAAGUUGGUACGAAAGUACACUCGAUUUACCCCGACAAGUCAUUAAGCCGUCAAGUACAGAGGUAUUAGAAAUUGAGUUGUAUCCAGUUAAUCUAAAAAUCUUUAAGCAUCAACAACCACAACAAAAUUCCAAUCAAACAAGCAAUCAUACAAAUACAUGGAAUACAAUAUCUAGCGGCUAUGGUGCUCUAGCUACGUCUGGAUAUUCAUCAGUUUCUUCACAAAGCAAUUCAACACCAAAAAAAUAUUUAGCGUACUUAGCUGCCUUUUCUCGACUAGCCACUGUUAGACAAGUUACAGAAUUUUUGUGCAUUCGACUCAAACUAAAACCAGAUACCGUUCGUAUAUGGCACAUUCCACAAAAUAUUGAUGCAUCUUAUGUUCUCCUCGAAGAUGAAACUUUGAGUCUUGAAGAACUUGGAAUUACUGAUGAUAAUCAAAUUUUAUUAGAAUUAAGAAAUAAGGAUUUGACUUGGCCUGAAGAAAUUCAAUAUUUAAAAAUUUCUCAAAAUCAAACAUUAGUUCAGGAUCGAAGAGGAACCGUUGCUUCUGUUCAGUCAUUUUAUGCUCUUGGUGUGUGUGGUCUUCAUAAUCUUGGUAAUACAUGCUUUAUGAAUGCUGCUUUACAAGUAUUAUUUAAUACAAAACCUUUAACGGAAUAUUUCAAACAAAAUCUUCACUUAUUUGAAUUAAAUAUCCAUAAUAAAAUGAGCACGAAAGGGCAUUUGACAAUGAGAUAUGCUGAAUUAUUAAAGGAAAUUCUUAGUGCUCAAACAAGAUCAAUUGCUCCUAUUAAAUUUCGAUUUAGUGUUAGUAAAUUUGCACCACAAUUCACAAAUGGAAUGCAGCACGACUCACAGGAACUUUUGGCUUGGCUAUUGGAUACACUUCACGAGGAUUUGAAUAGAGUUACGGAAAAGCCAUACAUUGAAAUAAAGGAUAGUAAUGGUCGAAGUGAUCAAUUGGUUGCAAAAGAAGCUUACGAUGCCUUUCUAAAACGUAAUAAUAGUGUCAUUGUAGAUUUAUUUUAUGGCCAAAUGAAAUCAAAAGUUGCUUGUUUGACAUGCAACACUGAAUCUGUACGAUUUGAACCGUUUUCUUUGCUAAGUCUGCCAUUGCCACUUGAAAAUUUUGUUUUAUGUGAAGUGCUUUUGACGAAAUUAAAUGGAGAAUUUCCUACAAAAUAUGCUGCAAAAUUAAAUAGCGACUGUAAAUACUGGGACCUUAAAAAUCAUCUCAGUGAAUUGUCCAAUCUAGAAGCUGCUUCAAUAUUAAUAUGUCAAGUAGAUAGCUCACAAAUCAAAUACAUUUUUACCAACGAUCAAAAAAUUAUUUCUUCGUCUGCUUUGAAUCUUUAUGCGUAUGAAUUACCCAAAAUUCAAGAAGUAGAGAAAACUGUUGUCGAAAAGGAAGUCGUCGGAAAUAAUUUAAAGGAUAUUCAAAGACAAAAAGAAAAUGGUUCAAGCUCAAAAAUGAAUGGCAACUCAACUGAUAACAAAAAAUCGCAGGAUAAUGAAAAAUCGGUAAAGGUAAGCAGGUGCUUUGGAACAAAUUCUUGCAUGCCUACAAAUCUAUUGUGCUUUAAGCAUUCAAUCGAUAUUUUGGGAACAAGUCCAAUGAAUUCUUUUAUGACCCCACCCAAUGACAUAUAUGAUAUGAAUGUUAUAUCGAGUACAGAAAGUAUCAUUGCUGAGAAGUCCACAACAUUAUUGAAUGAGCAAAUGAAUGCAGUUCCUACAUCCAAAAUCAAUACCUUUGAGAAUGAAGAAGAUAAUACUUCGCUUUCCUCAUUUCGUGAUAAGCAAAACUUUAAAUGUUAUGAUUUUCAAUGUAACUAUUUGAUAGCUCUUCAUAGGAAGUUUACACGACAAGACACUUACUUUUUAUCCUAUCAUAAAACAAAACCAUCGCUAUUCGGUGUGCCAUUAUUAGUUCCUUUCACAAAUGAUAUGAAAAAUCGAGAUUUAUAUUUCAAUGUUUGGGUACAAGUAUCUAAAUUCCUCAGUCCAUUGCCAAAAGCUCCCCGCGAUCAAUUCAAUCAUGCCGAAGAUUGCGAUGACAGCAUGGGAUAUGACUUUCCAUUUAUAUUGAGCACUGUUAAUGAAAAUGGUUUGGUAUGUGCGCUCUGUCCUUGGGAGAAGUUCUGUCGUGGCUGUAAUAUUCCUUGCAAUGAUCAGAAACUUCUUGAAGAAAUUCACCACUUUAAUGACGCUUAUAAUCCUUCAGCAAGAGAGAUUCAAAAUAGUUUGCAGAAAAUUAUUGUCCAAAAGUUAAUAUAUAUCGCAAUUGAUUGGGACACUUCUGCACUACAUUUACGUUAUCAAAGUACCCGCGAAAAGGUGUUUAAUGAACAUGAAUCUGUAGCAAUUAAUCGUAAAUUGCUAGCUGAACCAGUAGAUUUGAACAAUUGCCUGCGAGCAUUUACAUCAGAAGAAAAAUUGGAUGAAAAUAUUCAUUGUUCACAUUGUAAAUCAAAACAGCCUGCUACAAAGAAGCUUCAAUUGUGGAAGCUGCCACCGAUAUUGAUAAUUCAUUUAAAACGCUUUAAUUUAGUUAACAAUAAAUGGGUCAAGUCUCAAAAAGUUGUAAAUUUUCCUUUAGAUAAUUUUGACCCGACACUUUUUCUUGCUAGUAUUCCUCAAGAGACAAUAUUUCGACAUCGUGAAUUGCACGAAUUAAAAGCAAAAAAUAUUAAAAAUGUUGAUUGCAACGAAGAAAUAAAAGAAUUUGAUUUAGAAAACGACAUUCCAAAUCCCAAUAAAACAGAUUGUGAUAAAACUUCAAAAACUGAUGCACAGGAAGAGAAUGAAGGUAUAAAUGAAUUAUGUUCAUCAAAAGAUAUUAAUCGAGGUUUCAAGCCUGCGAGACAACGUCUGAUAUCAACAAGUUUAACAAAAACUCCAGUUGUGGAUCAUGAACUUAUUGAUUAUAAUAACCAUAAAUUAACGGAAAAUAGUGAUCCUUUCGAUUUGAAAUACAAAUUAUAUGCCGUAAUUUCACACUCAGGAAUGCUGUCUGGCGGACAUUAUAUUUCUUAUGCGUCAAAUGCAAAUAAUAAAUCUUGGUAUUGCUUUAAUGAUUCUUCGUGCCGCGAAAUAUCAUCGACUACUCCAAAUAUUGACCCUAGUAGUGCAUAUUUGCUCUUUUAUGAACGAAAAAACUUAGACUAUUUGCCUUAUUUGCCAAAGAUAGAAAACAAGCAACCUUUGUUAAAUCAUCACUCGGAACUGUUAGAGGAGAAUGAUAAUGAUCUUAAGAAAAUGUGUGUACUAUCAUAAUCAGUAUGCGAUAGAUGAAAUAGUUCAUGAACUAAAAUAAAUAAAUUAUUCUUAUUUUACUUUAUUAUGUUAAUAUCAAGUAAAUCAUUGGACCUUCUCUCAUUAAUAAAAAUGCAAAGUUUGUU